UUGAGGAGGCUAAGCAGCCAGUAUGGAGUGAGAGGGGGUGUUCUGCCCCCUGCUUCUUGCUGUCUCCUGACUCAGGGAAACCAACACAGGGAAAUCUAAGCAGAGUCCUGGGAAGCAGUAUGGGGAAAUGUGGAAGGCUUUUUAAUUUUAACUUUUCACAUACCAACAAAAAGUCUAUUCUGACUUCAUUUGAAAGGACAAGUAGAGGCUGAAUUGCGUCUGUCCCAGAAGAACCAUGAAUUAAGUCUCUGCAAUCAAUGACAAUUCUAACUUUGGAAACAGGCACGAGCUGGUUUUUCCAAGUGAUUGAGUUACCACAGUUUAAAAGAUUUUCAAAAGCAAUUGCAACAGCCUAAGAGCAUCCACACAGGAAGUUACAGCUCAGCUGGCGCAUGGCAAACCGUGAAGCUGUGCCUUCCUCUUGCUGAUGACCGGGUUCCUGUUUGAUCCUGUUUGUAAGCUUCCGAAGACUGAAAAUAACCUGAACUCCUCUGCAUCGGUGCUGCAAGUAGAAGAAAAUAGAAAGAAGAGAAGCUAAGAUUUUAAACUGAGAGACUUGGCAGCUAAUUCAGAGGCAGAAGUCGUGUGAGCAGCCCCCUGGAAAGAGGAGCAAAGGCAAUUUGUGACAGAAUUGAGUGGAGAUGAUCCCAAGCUGAAAGCCAAAACAGAAUCUUCAUUUAAGUUCAUCAAGUGAUCUGGAAUUUUAUUCCAGCACCUAAUACAGGAUGUCUUCCAAGCGACCAGCCUCUCCGUAUGGGGAAGCAGAUGGAGAGGUAGCCAUGGUGACAAGCAGACAGAAAGUGGGAGAAGAGGAGAGUGACGGGCUCCCAGCCUUUCACCUUCCCUUGCAUGUGAGUUUUCCCAACAAGCCUCACUCUGAGGAAUUUCAGCCAGUUUCUCUGCUGACGCAAGAGAACUGUGGCCAUAGGACUCCCACUUCUCAGCACAACACAAUGGAAGUUGAUGGCAAUAAAGUGAUGUCUUCAUUUGCCCCGCACAACUCAUCUACCUCACCCUUGAAGGCAGAAGAAGGUGGGCGUCAGAGUGGAGAAUCAUUGUCCAGCACAGCCCUGGGAACCCCUGAAAGGCGCAAAGGGAGCCUAGCGGAUGUUGUAGACACCCUUAAGCAAAGAAAAAUGGAAGAGCUCAUCAAAAAUGAACCAGAAGAAACUCCCAGUAUUGAAAAGCUACUAUCAAAGGACUGGAAAGACAAGCUUCUUGCCAUGGGAUCAGGGAACUUUGGAGAAAUAAAAGGGACUCCAGAAAGCCUCGCUGAGAAGGAAAGGCAGCUCAUGGGUAUGAUCAAUCAGCUGACCAGUUUGCGAGAACAGCUGCUAGCAGCUCACGAUGAACAGAAGAAACUGGCUGCCUCACAGAUCGAGAAGCAACGCCAGCAAAUGGAGCUGGCUAAGCAGCAACAAGAACAGAUUGCAAGACAACAGCAGCAACUCCUGCAGCAGCAACACAAAAUUAACCUUCUUCAGCAGCAGAUCCAGCAGGUCCAGGGUCAGCUGCCUCCAUUAAUGAUUCCCGUAUUCCCUCCAGACCAACGAACCCUAGCAGCAGCUGCUCAGCAAGGAUUCCUUCUUCCUCCUGGUUUCAGCUACAAAGCGGGAUGCAGUGACCCCUACCCCGUUCAGCUGAUCCCGACUACCAUGGCAGCUGCUGCCGCAGCAACACCAGGCCUAGGUCCGCUCCAACUGCAGCAGUUGUAUGCUGCCCAACUUGCUGCAAUGCAAGUAUCUCCAGGAGGCAAGAUACCUGGCAUAUCCCAGGGUAACCUCGGUGCUGCUGUAUCGCCUACCAGCAUCCACACAGACAAGAGCACAAACAGCCCUCCACCCAAAAGCAAGGAUGAAGUGGCCCAGCCUCUGAACCUUUCAGCCAAACCCAAGACAUCUGAUGGCAAGUCUCCCACGUCACCCACCUCUCCUCAUAUGCCAACUCUGAGAAUAAACAGUGGGGCCAGUUCACUAAAAUCCUCUGUGCCAGCAACAUUAGCUAGUCCUUCAGCCAGAGCUAACACAAUAGACAUCCUUUCUUCUAUCACGUCGUCAGGUUAUUUAAAUGACCAUGAUGCUGUUACCAAGGCAAUCCAGGAGGCUCGGCAGAUGAAGGAGCAACUUCGGAGGGAACAACAGGUGCUGGACGGGAAGGUGGCUGUUGUGAAUAGUCUGGGUCUCAAUAACUGCAGGACAGAAAAGGACAAAACGACACUGGAGACCCUGACUCAGCAACUGGCAGUAAAACAGAGUGAAGACGGGAAGUUUAGCCACGCAAUGAUGGAUUUCAACAUGAGUGGAGAUUCUGAUGGAAGUGCAGGAGUUUCAGAAUCAAGAAUUUAUCGGGAAUCCAGAGGGCGUGGCAGUAACGAGCCCCAUAUCAAGCGCCCAAUGAAUGCAUUCAUGGUGUGGGCUAAAGAUGAACGGAGGAAGAUCCUUCAAGCCUUCCCUGACAUGCACAACUCCAAUAUCAGCAAGAUACUAGGAUCUCGCUGGAAAGCUAUGACAAACCUAGAGAAGCAGCCAUACUACGAGGAACAGGCCCGACUCAGCAAACAGCACCUGGAGAAAUACCCAGACUACAAAUACAAGCCAAGGCCGAAGCGUACCUGCCUUGUAGAUGGCAAAAAACUACGCAUUGGCGAGUACAAGGCUAUCAUGCGCAACAGACGUCAGGAGAUGAGGCAGUAUUUUAAUGUUGGGCAACAAGCACAGAUUCCCAUUGCCACCGCAGGUGUCGUUUACCCAGGAGCCAUCGCCAUGGCAGGAAUGCCUUCCCCACACCUGCCCUCAGAGCACUCAAGUGUGUCCAGCAGCCCCGAGCCCGGGAUGCCCGUCAUCCAGAGCACUUACGGCAUCAAAGGUGAGGAGCCCCAUAUCAAGGAAGAGAUGCAGACCGAUGACGUCAAUGGAGAAAUCUAUGAUGAGUAUGAUGAGGAAGAGGAUGACCCCGAUGUGGACUAUGGCAGUGACAGUGAAAAUCACAUUGCGGGGCAAGCCAACUGAUCAGGGUCCAAAUAUCACAUGACCUGCAGGACUUCAAGGAGAAAAGAAAAAAUAAAUAAAGCCCCAUCUGGUUUAUCCUUACCAGUGGCCAAGCACAUUAACUUUCUCAUACACUGACUGUUACUUUAACUGUUAGUCUUAACUAGUUGGGACAUCAGCUGACUAAUAGACAUCAGCCUGCAUCAGAAGAAAAAAGGCUCAGAAGAAAGGAAACAAAGACAACGACAACAACAACAGAAUAAUAUAAGCUAUGGGUAAAAUAAUGCCAGUAAUUCAGCUGCUAUACCCAAGCACUGAAGUCUUACCCGUCGACCUUUUAUUAUUAUUAUUUUUUUUUCAAAUAAACUUUAUGGCUGUUUGUUCUACAAUGUUCUAGAAAUUCUCACUCAGGUACACAGUGCCAACAAGUGGCUUGUGAAUGUGUUUUGUUGUUUUGUGCUACAGUUUAAAGAGAAAUAAUUCUUUUUUUUUUUUCUUUUCUUUUUUUUUUUUCUUUUUUUUUUUUUCUUUUUUUUUUUUGGUAAUGCACCUGACAGGAAAGAAGAAAAAGAUAAAAUUCCUUUUUCCCCUUCUGUCACCUCCUUCUCCUCCUCCCUGGCACGUUUGGGUCUGAAGCGUGUGUGCGUGUGUGUGUACGCGUGGCUGGCAAGGAAGGAAGUGGGGAGCCUGUUUCUGUUAACCCCAACAAGCAAUUAUUUCCUUUCAAGAGAGAACUUCUCUUCAUCAGUUGCACAUCAUACUGAGUCUUUGAGCAAGUGCCAAAUUUGUACUACAGCGCUGAACUAGUCCAAUUUGCUUAUUUUUUUGGUUGGUCUCUGUUUCUGUUUUUCUUUGGGUUUCCUAUCUCUUUCCGCUCUAUCUCAAGUUAGGACAGUGUUGUAUCUUAGACAAUCCCUUAAAGAACCUGAUAUACCAGCAGCUGGUGAGAUUAGAUUUAUAUUUUUGGUUUUGCUUUUGCUUUUUAAAGGAAACUGUAGGUGCCAUUCUCAGGUGAAAAAAGAGAGAAAGAGAGAGAGAGCAUAAGAAAUUUAGAGAAAAAAUAUUUUAUGAUCUUGGAUUUUCAUGUGUGCGUGUUUAUGGUACUAAUAAGAAUAAUAUUGGACUAUUGUGAGCAAAAAGCAUGUUCCAGAAUGAAAUCCCACACUCUCCAAAGGACUUGGUCUGCAAGGAGCUUUUGCUUUUCAUUUACACUUCAAGUGGCAGCAUGUAGGACAUAAAGAAAAGAUUGUUCAAAAUAGGAUUUGUCCAACACACGACAGGGCAGCUGGAGAUGUUAACUUCUCACUGAGUGUAAUUAGACUACCAUGAUGUCCAGUGUUAACGAACUCGUACUUACAGGGCUGCUGAGUACUGAUCUCUGAUUCAAAAGGCAAUUGAUUGUGUUGUGUUUCUUUAAUUGGCUUUUUUUUUUUUCCUCCUUUGUACCUGCAGAAAUCCAUUUUUAUCAGUGGGAUGUUUUUGUAGGAAGAGAGACUAAUAGUUACAGAGAGAUUUUUGUUUUCGAAGUUGAGAACAGAGAACCCAAACCCUUAUGGUGCUGAUUUUCUCUAGAUGCUGCCUCUCACAGGUGAAAAAUUGUCUCCCAAUUCCAGCGUCAUCCUAGAGCCCCUAGGUAUGUUGUGCAGCUUUGCCUUCCUUGGACAACAGCAGUCAGAGGCAAAGAGGAAACAGCAGGCAAAGAUUUACACAAAUGUAAUGCUGAGCAUAUGUUAGCCUGUUGUAAUUUCAACAAGGUAACUGAGUAUUCUGCUUUAUUUUGGAAGAAUAGCAUAAAUACAAGUGAGUUACAGAAUCUCUUUUCAUCUCUGCGCUUUCAUCUUCCACUAGAAAGAAAGCAUCCAUGUUCAUGUAGCAAAAUAGAAGCAUUAGAUCUAAACCGAUCAACCAACCAAAAAGGCUACCUCUUGGUUUUAAUAAGCAGCUGUCCAGUAGAUCUGCAAAGUCCCAGGGUCAUACAGAGAAAAUGAGUCUUCUUCUGGGUCAGUUUUCUAAUACCACCUUCUUGUUGCUCACUGGUAAACUGUAGGCUCGUUGCCAGCAUUCCCGUAGCCUUGUGGAAAUAGCCCUGUGAAUCUUAGUAUCAGCCAGAUCUCAGCCCGAGGGUUUGCCAGAACCAGCAUGUUCAGUACUUGGCAAUGCUGAUUUUACAAAUUUACCUUCACGACAUGAAUUUCGACCUCAUGGUAGCAGCCAUUUAAUCCAUAUGCAGGGCAGAAGUGGCAGGCAGCAGGAGGGGCUGGGGAGGAUGAUGUGGGGGUCUUUUCUGCUGGAUCACCACUUGAAGUGUAACUUGAGCUGUGCAGACCUUGCACAAAGCAAACAAGCAAAUGUCAUUGAAGAGUAGGAGAGUACUCCAACGAGCAGUUUGGAUGUGUGAUACUUCUACCCAGCAACAUCUGUUUUGUUUUUCUCCUUGUUUUCCCUUUUUGAUGUCCACCUCUGCCUCACAAAAAUUCUUUUCUAUUUUCUCUCUCUCAGAAGAUUUGCUCUGAAGUUAUGCUAGGAGUAGCUGAUCAUAUCCUCCAUGUCAGAGAGGGUUCCUUUUGUUUGUGUUUUAUGACUGCUUUUUUUUUUUGGUUGGUUGGUUGGUUGUUUUUUUUUUGGUUGGUUGUUUUGGUUUUUUUUUUCAGUUAAACUGCCUCUUCUUGCUAGUGUUGUAAUGGUAAUUAUAAUAAUAAUAAUAAUGGUCAGCUGUUCCCAGAUUAGUAAAUUAUGUAUAAUUUAUUUUAUUUCCCCCCCUCCUUUUUUAACUUUAUUUUAUUCUGUUCUAAUUUGGCAGUGCAGCAAAUGAAGCUGUUAGGCUAUUUAAAAUGGAUACCCCUCCCCACCUUGCCUUUUUAUAUAUAUAUAAAUAUAUAUAUAUACAUAUGAAAACAAAUAGCUUCUUCUUCUGCUCACACCAUUCCUCUUUCUGUUAUUUUAAUUUUGGCCCCAGCCAUGUCAACUUCUGAUGUUUAUUAUGAUGGAGUGAAUUAAUGGGAGUGUUGUUUUCAAUCUUAAUUAACUUCUGCUCUCUCAUCACUCAUUUUAGUUAUUUAAUUACACCAGUCAUCUAGAGCCAAUUUUUUUGAAGCACUCUGUUUAGAUAAGAAGUUAAAAAAAAAAAAAAAUAGGCAAUUGUUUUUAUAUCAUCAUUAUGUACAAUGUGAAAACAGAUAUUUGCUCCUUUUUUUUUUGUUUGUUUUGUUUUUUUUGUUUUUUUAACUUUUAAAUUUGUUCCCUGUCUUUGUGAACAAAUUACUUCUGACUCUUGUGGGUUCACCUCACAUUUGCUGGAUGCUUAAUUUCUACCACGCUAUAGAGACUCUCUGGUUUAAUGGUGUAACGUUGGGCUACCAGAAUACUUUGUUUUAGCUCCAGGUAGGUGCCACUGCAGCAAGCAUGACUGGAGCAAGCCUUGGACGUGUGGGUUAGAAAGCCAGCCUUGGUGGAGUCUAUGGGACAAAGGUCCCUUCACUUCAGCCAGGCCAAAUUUCAGCCCCUGACUAUGGGCAGUGCUGCAGGAGAUGCUCUGGAGAUGCUCUGGAGGUAGCCCCUUCUCGGUCCGGUGCUGGAGCAAGGCUGGUGUCAGGGCAGCAGAAUGAGUUCUGUGCUUGCUGCUCACUGUGUAGGCCUGGGCUAAGGCUCGGGCCAAUGCUGGUUUUGUCAUCUGCAUAUUUCUGUCUGAGGGACUGUGCUUGAGCCUGCGUUUGGUCAGGCUGGUUGAAGAGGUAGCUGGAGCGACCUGUCUGCCACCUGCGUUUCAAUACUGAGCCUGAUGCAGCAAUGAUAAAAUGAAAAAAAGAAAACAAACAAACAAAAAAGGCUCUGGGGUCCCAAACCAGCAAAACACUUGUGCCUGUGCUAAGGUUGUGUUGGGCCAAAGUAUGAGCGCCCAUAUAUCCUUCAAGUAGAAGACCAGAUUUGAAGACGAGGCCCUGUUUGUCCCCCUUUCAUUUAUCAGAAAAAACAAACAAACAAACAAAAUAAUAGCAGAACGCAUAAAAACAGACCUUCUUGUCUUGUUUCUUUUUUUUUUUUUUUUUCCUGGGUUCUGUGCCCUAGAGCAUGUAGGCAAACCAGGUUCGAAGAGGUUAGGCUUGUAUUAACCGACACGCGUGUGGAGGCCAUUCUGUUGUAGCAGCCUCGCUCUCGUCUGACAUCGGGGAGCCUCUUGAGUCAGUGUGCUCGGUAGCUUAGAGCAGAAAAAUACCAGCAGUGGAGAAAAGGGGAAAAAGAAGAGAAAAACUGAGACACUUGCUUCUAAGCUCAAUUAAAUAACACAGAGUAUAUCCUUUUUCAAUUUAUUCAUGCCUUAUAUUAGUAAAAUAGGAUUUUUAAGUGCAUUUAACAUCUUUAUUUAACCGUUCCGCUGUAUUAAUCAGGCCCCCAGAAAAGAACACUGGCUAUUAUUAUAGCAUUUAAUUAGUUUUGUAACCAAAUCCUCUUAUUACAAAUGCAUAUGGAAGAAAUUCUUUCUUCGAAGACAUUAUUUCAAAGAUUUGGUUACUGCAGUAGACUCUCUCUUUAAUUAAAUCAUUUUUUAGAAAGUAAAUUGUCUUUAACCUUUUUACAGCACAUUUUCAGAGCUUUUUCUUUUUAAUCCAAAGAGAUGAGCUGUUAUUGUCCCCGAAGAAGCCUCUGACAUCACGUUUGUAACAUCAAAAAUAAUUAUACUCCGUGGAAACGUAGACCUUACUUAGCAAGAAUUCAUCUGCUGGAAUGAAUGGCAACUACAUAAUAUCCUGUGCAUUUAAGGGCAUGAUUUAUCAGAUAGGAAGUAUUUUUGUCUGCCCACUUCUUGAUAGAAUCAUAUCUUCAGUUUUGCAAAGAAAUGUGUGUAAUUCACUGGAUGUGGAUUCAAGUGUAUCCUCAAUUCACAGGGCAUGGGCUGGAUGUUUAGCUUGGUUUAUAUUUACAUUUUUUCAACUUUAUCUUAACUUGUCAGUUUCCCAGAUAGAAGAACAUGUCAAGUUCAUUUUUUUCUACUGACUGAUUUCUCUACUCCCCAGUGUUUUUGUCACUGGUUUGCUGAAACAGUAUUUAUAUAGCUCCGUUGGCUCUAAAGCUCUUACUCCCUUAAUGUUUUGGAUUUUACAAGUGAAAUGAAAAUAGAAAAGAAAUAGAGACAAUCAAAUGCCUGGAGCUUAAAACAAAGUAUGCGCAACCUACCAUCUCACUUGAAAUUUAAUAAAAGAAAUAAUUAUGUAAAUAUAACAUAGAGUUAUAGAUUUAUAUUUUGUUCAUAACACAUAGUGUAAUAUAAGUUGUAUAUUUUCAUGUUUUGGUUUUAUGUUAUCAUUCAUGCCACAAUAAAUGAAAAAAACAGGAGUUGAUGUACUCUUUAAAAAAAAAUACAAUGUGGGUUGCCACCAUCCUGGGUUUUUGGGCUUUUUGUUUUUGUUUUUGUUUUUUGUUUUUUUGGGUUUUUUUUUUUGUUGUUGUUGUUGUUUUGUUUCUUUUGCAUUCCCCUUUUUCAGUAUUAUUGCCCUGC